CAGACUUGGGAAGGAAUUUGGAUGGAAACGCAUUACCAGUGAAAACAUGAUGCAAGUCAGCCAUCUCCUGCUCAGCCUGUUGCCAUGGAUCCCAGGACUUGUUUGUGGGCUGAUGACCGAGGACCAGUUUACAGUCCAAGAGGGUAAAUCCCUUAUUCUUCCAUGUCAUUAUGAGCCGCAAUAUGCCAGUAACGUCAAGUACUGGUGCCGGGGAAAAAUGAGGGAGUUCUGCACAAGCUUGGCCCGCACAGAUGACUCCCUCUUGGAGAGCAAGUCUGAGGACAAAGUGACUGUUUUUGAUGACCCGGAGGAGCGAGUCUUCACGGUGACCAUGAAGAAUUUAACGGAGGAAGAUUCUGGCUGGUACAUGUGUGGUGUGGAGCUCGGUGGAUUUUGGGAAGCUGACGUCAGAGCCUUCACUUACGUCGAGGUCAGCUCAGGAAUAUUUGUCGUGAACGACAGGCUGAGCGAGGAGGAGGGUGGCGCUGUCAAAGUUCAAUGUCUCUACAGUCCAAAAUACAGAGAGAGUGAGAAGAAGUGGUGUCGGAUUGGAAACCCGAAUUCCUGCCUGGCAACAGACGAUGAGGGAAGCUACGAGGACGUGUCUGUGGCCAUCACUGAUGACAAAACGGGAACUUUCACCGUAACCAUAAAGAAGCUGCAGAUGAGCGACAAAGGCUGGUACCGGUGUGUUGUCGGACCAAAGCAGAGAACAGUGCAUGUGCAGGUCUUACCUCGACCAUCAACUAGUAAGUCGACAGCAACAGCGGCAGCCUCGACGACGAAUUCAUUAGCUGCGGCAAAGCCGUCGGUUGCGGAUGCAGACGCCCCCAAACGGCGCCUCACAAACGAUUGCUGCGUGCGACAAAGUUUGAACGGGCAGUCCGUGGUGAUGUUUGCUUCAUUCAUGCUGCUUGCGGCCUUGACUAUAUUAGCGACGAGGAUGUGGAAACGUAAAGAGUUUGCAAAGUUAAGACAAACGAUGGGGAUGAAAGCAAGAAAUAAGGAUGACUUUGGCAUCGUGACCUGCAAAAAAAACCCUGCGGUUUUCGUCACCGUCGAUCCAAUGGAUGCCCAGGCGCACUGAAAUAGCAAACCACCGUUUGGCUGUUUUUUUUUCCCCCGACUGCCUGGACCAAAGAGAAAAAAGGAGAUCCCAUCACUUCUACGUAAACAUCAAUUCAAUUUGAGAGAAUCU